AAAAAAAAACAAAAACAGUGGGAGAGGUGGAACUUGGGUAGGGAGAGAGCAGCCUCCAUAUCUAUAUAUCUCAGAGCUUGUAUCAGACACUUAUCUUCUUUCCUCACCAUUACUCAGAUCUCUAUAUACAUACACAGACACGCGCGCGUGUUGUGUAUUUGUGUAUGUGUAUAGCUGUAUCUGCGUCUAUGUGUGUUUGAGCGACCCUUUUCCUCUCUCUUUCUCUCUGGAUAAUUAUCUUAUCUGCUUCUCGUUUCUGUGGUUCGAGCUCCGUUUCAUUGGCAGAUCUAGGGUUUUUAAUUUCUGUAGGGUUUUAGUAGGGUUUCCACCAUGGCCACUUCGUUUCCCAUUCCGGUUACCGCUGCUCAGGUUGGAACGUACUUUGUGGGGCAGUACUAUCAAGUGCUUCAGCAACAGCCGGAGUAUGUUCACCAGUUCUACUCCGAUGCCAGUACCAUGCGUCGUAUUGACGGCACUACUAUAGAGAGCGCCUCUGCAAUGCUGCAAAUCCAUUCUCUUUUUAUGUCCCUUAAUUACACGGGAAUUGAGAUUAGGACAGCGCAUGCCUUGGAAUCUUGGAAUGCUGGAGUUCUUGUAAUGGUUUCGGGCUCUGUGCAAUUAAAGGAUUUCAGCAGCAGAAGGAAAUUUAUGCAAUCUUUUUUCCUUGCGCCCCAGGAAAAGGGCUACUUUGUACUUAAUGAUAUCUUUCAGUUCAUUGAUGAAGAACCAAUCCAUCAUCAUCCCACAGUCAUGUUAGCCCAGGCUAAUCUUGAUAUCAACCACACUGUUUCAACAACAGCCCCUGAGCCAGUAUCCUAUAAUAUGCUGGGUGGAGAAAUGCACGCUAGAGAGUUUGUGGCCUCUGAUAUCAAAGAAAAUGGUCAAGUCGACAAUUAUGGCUUUGCAGAGCAGCAGUUACAGCAAGUUGCUGAGGCUGAACCCAUAAUGGAGGACAACUCUGUAGAUCACUCGAAUGGUUCGGUUCAGAAUGCUGUGAAUUCUUUACAAGACCACCUGCCUUCAUCUGUUGAGGAGCCAGUUGUGGAGACCCAUAAGCACACUUACGCUUCUAUAUUACGCGUUGCUAAAGGACAGCCUACACCUUCUGUAGCUUCUCAGAAUUCUGUUAACAAGAAUGUUCCACUGGCUUCAGAAUGGAAUCAUUCUCCACCAUCCACUGCUCAGCCCAUUGGAUCAUCAAAUACAUUUGAAAGAUCUGUUGCAGAGACAGCAUAUGAAGUUACCCCACUGGACGAUGAAGGUGAAAUCAAAUCUGUUUAUGUGAGAAACUUGCCGCCUACUGUAUCUCCUUUCGAAAUUGAAGAGGAAUUUAAAAAUUUUGGUAAACUAAAGCAACCUGAGGGCGUGGUCAUUAGGAGUCGCAAGGAUGUUGGUGUUUGUUAUGCAUUUGUCGAGUUUGAAGACAUUACCGGUGUUCAAAAUGCAGUCCAGGCAGCAACUGUUCAGAUUGCUGGACGACAAGUAUACAUUGAAGAGCGCAGACAAAAUAGCAACAUCCCAUCUCGAUUAGCAAGAAGGGGAAGAGGAAGGGGAAACUACCAAGUAGAAGCUCCUAGGGGUCGAUUUGUCUCGCGCGGUUUUGGACGGGAAGGCAGUCACGACGGAGGUGACCGUGACUACAAUAAUAGACCAAGAGGAAAUGGUUUCUACAGACCAAGUCCAAGGCAAGACAGAACAAAUCCAGGUUACCAACCAACAAGAAAUGGGACAGAGUUUACAAGUUAAAGAUUAUUUUACAAGGAGAUUUUUGCUCCAGCCGUUUCAACUCAUAAGAACACCUCUCAGUUGAAAGUAGCACAUGAUUAUUAUUCCCACAGUCGAUUUAACUUAGAUAUAUUGGGUAACUAGUUUGUAUUCUUUUUGCUCUUCAAGGAGUUCAAUGUUUUUCACAUAAAUGUACUUCAUAUUCUUAACGAAUGAUAUGCUUGCAAUUUUGAUCUUAGGAUAUUUGUUGAGUUGUAUUCUUAUUUGUUCAUUUUCUUGACAUUUUAAUAUAGAUACCACUUGUUUUCCCA